CUGGACGUUACAUGGAGGCAUUGACUAGCAAGCAUUAGGGACAAGCCAUUCUCCCUCCAACCUCUGUUGGCCUGCUCUGUGUUUCUCCCAUAAUUUGCUUGUUCCCAACUUCCUGUCAGAGACAAGGAGAGGUCUCCCGCACUGGCCGAGGUAACGGUCUCCUAUACUAGACUUGCGAGAUACAGCAUACAAAUACAGCCAGAUGGCCGAGCACGCCUCAAUUUACUUAAGGGAUUGAGCUGCUUUUGCCGGUCGGAGCUUCCGCGCCUCAAGCCAUGACUUCCUACCCGGUAACAGACGGCGUGACGACGUUUCUCCCGCCGCCAGAUGGCUACGUGGUGGAUUUUGACAAUCCCCAGCAACAGAGGGCGCUCGAUCACUACCUCAUAUUCGGCAUCCUAGGACCCUUGGCUUUAAUUUGCCUUGUUCAGAGAAUCUACACGAAGCACUUUAUCACCGGGAGUCUGAAGAUUGACGAUGUCUUGAUUUGUCUUGCUUGGGUCGCGUCGGUUGUGAUGCAGUCGGUGCAGAUCUGGUCUGUAUCGAUUGGAGGGUUGUGCCACCAUGCAUGGGAGAUGCCCAUCGAAGUCUUCGAGAAGCACAUGCUCAGCUCCUACAUCGUCGCUCCCAUAUUCAUCACAUGCAAUGGCCUCAGCAAGACAUCUCUCUUGACCUUCUAUCUCCAAAUAUCGCCCCAGAAGUGGUUUAGGAUAACCAUCUGGGCGACAAUCAUCAUGGUGGCCAGCUACACCACCACCAUUGCCAUGCUGCUUCUAUUCGGAUGCAAGCCCAUUCGCGCCUCCUGGGACCCGUACGCCUUUGCCACGGGUAAAUGCGUCAACGCGGCGGUUAUGUAUAUUGCCAUCGCGGUUGCCAACAUCGUGUCUGACGUUAUUCUCUUCAUCAUACCCAUCCCGACCAUUGUUCGUUUGAAGAUGCCACUGGUACAGAAGGUCGGAGCUGGUGUGAUGUUUGGCAUUGGCUCAGUAACCGUCGCGACCUCGAUUAUUCGGAUGAUUUACCUGCCGUCGCUCUUGGGAGCUUCCGACAUCCCCUGGACGGCCGCGCCAGCCAACGUUUGGUCGUUUGUCGAAGUCAACCUCUUCAUCAUCUGCGGCUCUAUGCCCACCUUCCGAAAAUUCCUGAAGCGAUUUGCACCGAGAUUGAUGGGCUCGUCAGGCCAUUCACGACCGUCCAAAUAUUCCGACUACGAUGCGUCGCAGAGAAGGUUGAACCGUCAGCAGCGCACUGAGUAUGCGCAAUUUGACGUUGUUGAGAUGGAUAAUUUAUCGGAUCAUAGUAAACAGGUUAAGGACACGAGGAUGUAGUCUAUCCAGUUUAGGAACCGGGUGGUUAAUAAGAUGAAUAUUCUUUGUAGAAGACGGACUAUACUCAUCUCAACACACCGACUUCGGAAGUUCUCAUUGUGGACCUUGGCAAACUUGUAUCUCACACCUGUAGCACCACUCAAUCAUGUUCUAUAAAGUAUGAG